UCAGUGUGCUGUAUGUAAGCUGGGUUUAUGCAUAGCAGUUUAAUGUGCUCAGUUUUCAUGUGCUCAGUUUUCAUGGAAUUCUAGUCAUUUUGGAUUGUGGACAUAAGUAUAUUAUGCUAACUGUUCAUUGAUUUUGAUAUAAAGUAACACAACGUUUCUGUCAAAAGAGUUAUUCAGUGGAUUGACUUGUCUGUAUACAUUAAAUACCUCAGGGGCUGAAACUGGAGCACAAAAGUGAAUAAAAAGACUUCCAGGAGAAAUAAAAUAUGCAGAAUCUCUGUACUACAAAUGGGAGAACAGAGCAGUGCUGUGGUGAGCACAGAGAGAGACUGGAGUUGUUCUGCCAGGAAGAUGAGGCCUUUAUUUGUGUCCUGUGUGUUCCCAGACAUUCCUGCCACAACUUUGUGUUCCUGCAUGAGGCAGUCAGUGUGUAUAAGGACAAAAUCAAAGUAUCCUUAUCAGUUCUUGAAUCCAAAGCUAUUGAUCUCAAAAACUUGGUAAACAAGAAAGAAAAGGAACUUGGAGACGUACAGGAAGAAGUGUGUCGUUUGGAACAGUACAUUACACAAGAGUUUGCAAAACUGCACCAGUUUCUUCAUGAUAAGGAGCAAAAACUAAUCCAACAGCUUAAGGAUGAAGGAGCAGAAAUUCUGAGACAGAUGGAAACAAAAGUUGAAAGUGAAGAUGUGUGUAGUUUGGAACAGUACAUUACACAAGAGUUCGCAAAACUGCACCAAUUUCUUCAUGAUAAGGAACAAAAACUAAUCCAACAGCUUAAGGAUGAAGAAGCAGAGAUUUUAAGAGAGAUGGAAAAAAAUCUUGAAAGCGUAAGAAAUGAUAUUGUGGCCAACCAUGUGACAGUGUCUGAUGCAAGCUUGGAACUCAGGAAAAAAGUCAUAGAGACUCUUGAAGAAAAUGAAGAAAGUACCCUAGGUCUUAAAAAAGUCAUAGAGACUCUGGAAGAAAAGGAAGAAAGUACUCUAGGUCUUAAAAAAGUCAUAGAGACUCUGGAAGAAAAGAAAGAAAGUACUGUAUGUCCUAAAAAUUCUGUUAUGGCCACUCUGGAAGUGGUGUCCAAGGAUAUGUCAGAACUUAUAAAUCAGAAAACUACUGGUUUUCUAACAGCACCAGAAACAUUUGAGGAUGUUGCUGUCAGUUUCUCAGAAGAAGAGUGGAAGUUAUUAAGUAAACAAGACAAGGAGCUACACAGGGAAGUGAUGGUGCAGAACUAUGAAAGCUUGGUAUCAGUAGGAUACAAAAUCCUACCAGAAAAAUUAUUACUGCUAAUUAAACAAGAUUCUGAUGAACAGCCAAAGUGUGAUGUGGAGGGAAAAAAUAUCACAAAACAAAAUGGUAACCAAAAAGGUCACUUCAGCAGUAUUGAAAACAUGGAGUGGCGUGCAAGUUCCAUUCUGCAGCGUUCUCUAGGGGAGCCUCAGUUACAUCAUUCAGCAGAGAACCUGCAGCAGUGUGCUAAGUCCGGCAAACAUCAUGUCAUGCCUACACCACAGUGUCAAUCAGAACAUAACUGCAACCAGAGCUGUGAAUGUGGCACACAUCAUAGUGUCCACAUAGAAGAGAAACUGAAUACUGGUGCUAAAUGCACCAAGUGGUUUUCACAUAGCAGUAAUCUUACACAAGGUCAGAUCAUUUAUGAAGGGGAUCCCUCUCCUGGGGUCCAGUCUUAUGGUGACAUGAAGGUCCCUAAACAUGUGAAGAAAUUAAAGAGGGGUAAACUUUGUAAGCAUGCUGAAAGCACUAAAUGUUUUUCACAGAGCACUUACCUGAUACACCAUCAAACUAUUCCCCCAGGUGAAAAAACAUAUGUGUGUAUGGAAUGUGGUAAGGGUUUCACACGAAAUGCGUAUCUAAAGCAGCAUCAGAAUGCACACCGAGGGGAAAAACCAUAUAAAUGUGCAGAAUGCAGUAAAUAUUUUACAUGGCAGAGUAGCCUUCAGCAGCAUUGUAUCCUUCACACAGGCAAGAAACCAUACACUUGUAUGGAAUGUGGUAAGGGUUUCACAAGAAAUGCGUAUCUAAAACAGCAUCAGAACACACACCGUGGGGAAACACCAUAUAAAUGUGCAGAAUGCAGUAAAUAUUUCUCAUGUCGAAGUAGCCUUCAGCAGCAUUGUAUCAUUCACACAGGCGAGAAACCAUACACUUGUAUGGAAUGUGGUAAGGGUUUCACACGAAAUGCAUAUCUAAAACAGCAUCAGAACACACACAGAGGGGAAACACCAUAUAAAUGUGCAAAAUGCAGUAAAUAUUUUACAUGUCUUAGUAACUUUCAGCGGCAUUGCGUCAGUCACACUGGCAAAAAACCAUACACUUGUAUGGAAUGUGGGAAGUGUUUCACACAAAACAGUACUCUAAAACAACAUCAGAACUUGCACAGAGGGGAAACACCAUAUAAAUGUACUGAGUGCAAUAAAUAUUUUACAUGUCUCGGUAACCUUAAGACGCAUUCUGUCAUUCACACAGGUGAGAAACCAUACACUUGUAUGGAAUGUGGGAAGUGUUUCACACGAAAUGUGCAUUUAAAACAGCAUCAGAACACACACCGAGGGGAAACACCAUAUAAAUGUGCAGAAUGCAGUAAGUAUUUUACAUGUCAAAGUAGCCUUCAGCAGCAUUGUAUCAUUCACACAGGCGAGAAACCAUACACUUGUAUGGAAUGUGGUAAGGGUUUCACACGAAAUGCAUAUCUAAAACUGCAUCAGAACACACACCGGGGGGAAAGACCAUAUAAAUGUGCAGAAUGCAGUAAAUGUUUUACAUGUCGAAGUAGCCUUCAGCAGCAUUGUAUCAUUCACACAGGCGCGAAACCAUACACUUGUAUGGAAUGUGGUAAGAGUUUUACACGAAAUGCUUAUCUAAAACAGCAUCAGAACAUACACGAAGGGGAAACACCAUAUAAAUGUGCAGACUGCAGUAAAUGAUUUACACAGCUUAGUAGCCUUCAGCACCAUCAUCUCAUCCACUCAGACAGAAAUAUUCAUAAAGAUAGACGUGAUAAAAACAAUGCACAGUAUUGUAACAGAUAAGGAUUUAUCAUGCACUAUUGCAAAUAAUAAACUAAAAUAUCAGCA